CGAGUGAUGUAUAUAUAACAGCAGAAAACAUUGUUUACUUAGUAACGAAUAUUAAAGAAGAAUGAAGUGCUGUUUGCAUCAUUACUUUCCUCUACACGAUGGACUCGAAAGUUAUUCUUCUGGUAGUUGGUAUUUGCUGCAUGGUAUGGCAGGGACUUGAAGCCGCAAACAGACACAAACUUGUGGUUUAUUGGGGUCAAAAUGCUGUCUACAAUGCCAAGAAAGAGCGCCAGUAUUGGGAAAAAGAUUUGACUCAUUUCUGUCAGAACAGCAAAUAUGACGUCGUUGUGUUGGCGUUCAUGCACGUGUUCUUCGACGCAAGACAAAAAGACAGUCUACCAGCAUUAAAUUUUGCUUAUCAUUGCGAAAAAUCAAUCCAUCCGGAUUAUCCAUUUUUGCUUCGCUGUCCCAAGAUUGAAGCAGGGAUAAAAGAAUGCCAACGCAAUGGAAAGCAAGUCUUAAUAUCAUUGGGAGGUGCUACUGGCGGAUAUGGAUUCCAAAGCGAUAGUCAAGCAAAAACGUUCGCACAUACUGUGUGGAAUUUGUUAUUAGGUGGAAAGAAAAUGCAAAACCUUCGACCAUUUGGAAGCGCUAUCUUGAAUGGUGUCGACCUUGACAUUGAGGGAGGAACACACAUCGGAUACACUGCAUUUGUCAAAGAGUUACGAGUAUUAACAAAUACAGAUACAUCUAAAUAUAUCAUCGCAGCUGCUCCCCAAUGUCCAUAUCCAGACCACUUCCUGGGACCUAAUCCAGGAAAAGCAUUUGGUGAUGUUCCUGAGUUAUUUGAUGAGAUUUAUGUACAAUUUUACAAUAAUUAUUGUCAGACAGGUGAUGCAGCUCAAUUUUACCCAAACCUUAAGAAAUGGCUGACAUUCUCGCAAAGUAGGAAUGGUCCAUUAAUUUAUGUAGGCGUACCUAGUGACGAAGGUGCUGCGUUUGGAAGAGGCUACUAUCGCACCCCUGCUGAAAUGGCAGACAUUUAUCAGAAAAUACGACACGAACCAAGAUUCGGAGGCUUCAUGUUUUGGGACGCUUCAUUUGAUCAAAACAACAUCAUUGGUGGAAAAUCUUACAGUGAGCACAUUGUAGCGCUGUUUGGAAAUGGCCCAAGACCGACCGGAAAUCCUGUUACUCUUCCUCCACAAAAAACCACUGCAAAGCCUAUUAAAACCACAACUAAAAGUGUUGGGCCUUCCAAACCAGGUAAAGUAUCGUGUUCAGGAUUAAAUGACGGAAUGUACGCCCAUCCAAAAGAUUGUGCUAAAUUUUUUGAAUGCAAUUCAGGCCUGGCUACAGUAAAAUCAUGUCCACCUGGAUUGAAAUUUAAUGCUGCAAAAAAAUAUUGUGACUGGCCAGCUAAUGUAACUUGUUAAUUGAAAAUAACUUAAAAGAUAA